AUGAAAACGGCUGCAUUCGCGUCGCUGAUAGCAGCUAGUACUGUCUUGUUCCUAGUCACUCUCAUCUCGGUCGACGCUCAUGGACAGAUGAUUCGGCCCACGUCACGACCGAUUUCACAGAAGUUUCGAGCUGAUUGUGGGGCUUUAAGUGGGGCUGGCGACCAAGAACUGCAAUAUGCACCUGUGGAGCUGCUCAAUAGCCGAGCGCAGUCCGAUCGACCUGCCGCUCCUACUUUCAAUGUCCUGAAUGGCUGCAGAGGAACGGUGUACGAGGUAAAUAAUACCGUCACGGAGGUAGAGAUUGACACGCCGUUUGACGUCGAGUGGAUCAUCCAGGCUCCGCAUCCUGGCAGCAUGGUGCUCAGCAUCGUCAAGCCUGCAAUUGACAGCAGUGGUAUCAUCACGUACGAAUCUGUGGCAGUCCUGCUGACCAUUGACCCGUUCGCAACUAGCUCGACCAAAAAGGCUAGUACAGUGGCUGUCAUCCCGUCAAGCGUGACGAGUUGCGGAUCAGCAGGUGAUUGUGCGCUGCAGUUCUACUGGCACUCGGAUCUGGCAAGCCAGACCUACCCGACCUGCGCAGACAUUGUGGUAACGCGGAACGGUCAGUCCUUGUUAAGGACUUCUUUCGCCACUCCCGCGGGUACUAGUGGUAGCCUGCAGGCUGCUGCAGAUUCGAUGGCAGGAGUACCAAGGACGGAACCACCAAAGAGUGUGAACAAUGCAAGCAGUGACGAACCUGUAAAGUCGUCAACUGUUUCGGAAAAAUGCACCCGUCGUCAGCAAUAA